GCCCUUGAGAACGGAUUUUUCUAUUUACUGACCGGAAGGAGCAGGUUUGGAACAGUUAGAAAAAAAACGGAGUGCGAAGGGCCGAGCUGUGUGAGAAAAAGCUCAUUGUGAAGGAAAAUAAAAGAUUGUGGACUCGGGGGAGAAAGCUAAAAUGUCAGAGUGGAUGUUCUGAGAAAACAAGCUCGGUGUCCAACUUCAUGUCUUUGUUGGUCGUGUUGAGGACUUUACCUGUGGCGAGUGAAAAAGGUUAAAGGAGAGAAAGAGGCACUGGUGGUGGUGAGGAGGAUCUUUGGGAGUAUUCCAUCCUCUUGCUUCGUUCCAGUUUUCUCUGUUUUUGGUUUGGAAGGAGAUGACAGAGAAAAAGAUAGGAGCACAAGGGAUGGCCCUAUGUAGUCCAUGCCGAGUUGCUGUUGCUGUGGGUUUGACUGUGGUUGUACUGGGGGCAUUGGGAGCCACCAUCUGGGCCCUGGUAACCUACUUGAGGACAGCAGAAGACACAGGCUUAUACGAUGUGCAGGUGAGCGUGGCAGAUCAGAGGCUGCGGGUGUUUGACUCGGUACAGCGGAGGUGGAGGCACGUGUGCUCUUCCAGCGCCAAUCAGCUGCUCGCUGCCAUCAGCUGUGAGGAGAUGGGCUUCGUCAGGGCAAUAAAUUUCUCAGUCACCUGUGCUUCUGACAGUGGCCACGAGUUUUUCUGCGUAAAGGAGAGCGAGUUAACAUACGGCAAGAAGAUCAGCACUGCACUGUAUCCAUGCAAAUGUGAAAAAGGACAGAUUGUUGAAGUGCUUUGUCAAGACUGUGGACGUCGAAUGCUCCCUGAGGAGCGAAUUGUGGGCGGAGCUGAUGCUCGACAGGGCUCCUGGCCAUGGCAGGUCAGUCUGCAAUAUGAUGGGGUUCACCAGUGUGGAGGAUCCAUCAUAUCUGACCGCUGGAUCAUCAGCGCAGCACACUGCUUUCCUGAGAGAUAUCGUCAUGUAUCGAGGUGGAGGGUGCUGAUGGGCUCCAUCUACAACACCCCCAUUCAUAAGAAUGUGGUGAUCGCUGAGGUGAAGACGGUCGUCUACCACAGCAGCUAUUUGCCCUUUGUCGAUGCUAACAUUGACGACAACAGCCGCGACAUAGCUGUCCUGGCCCUUACCAAACCACUGCAGUUUACUGACUACAUUCAGCCAGUUUGUUUACCCACCUAUGGCCAGCGGCUGGUUGAUGGCCAGAUGGGCACCGUUACCGGUUGGGGAAACGUUGAGUAUUACGGAACCCAAGCGAACAUUCUGCAGGAGGCCCACCUCCCCAUCAUAAGCGAUGCUGUCUGUAACGCCCCUGAUUAUUACGACAACCAGGUCACCACCACAAUGUUCUGUGCUGGUUAUGAGAAAGGAGGAACCGAUUCUUGCCAGGGGGACAGCGGUGGCCCAUUUGUGGCAGCUGACUGCCUGUCUAAGACCAGUCGCUACAGGCUGUUGGGAGUGGUGAGCUGGGGAACAGGCUGUGCCAUGGCAAAGAAACCCGGUGUCUAUACCAGAGUGUCCCGCUUCCUGCCCUGGAUAUCCAGUGCCAUGAGAACGUAUGAGAAUUCCCCAGGAGUCCAUAAAAUGGCUCGUGCAUCCACAGCAUAGCCCACCUGAGACUUGGACUUGCCAGAAGAGACAGAGAUAAAAUCUAAUGUGUCUCGCCAUGAUGGACGUCAUAAUGUCCCCAAGACCACCAGAGUCAAUCACUUUGACACAAAGAAGCCAAGUACCCUCUUCUGUUGCCUUGCCAUAACUCUGAAUAAUACAUUUCACUCAAAAACCACUAAACUACCUUAAAGUUAUCAUCUGGAUGAAAAACAGUGGCUGUAAUUUUAGAAAUGAUACAGCAUAGCUUAAUACACAGUUUACAGGGUAACUUUGAAAGCUUAUGAGGCCAACUUCAUACAUACAGGUCUUUUAACAGGUCUGAAUUCAGCAGUAAAAUAAUGGUGUCAUGUCUUGUUUACUACGAGCCAAAAAAGGUCAACACUGUUUUUUUAUGUAGGGGCAAAGUGCCUUCAGAUGUACACUCAGUUCCACUGAACAGAAGGAAAUUAUUCAGUUGAUUUUUCACAUCCUGGACAAAGCAGAAAGUGCAAAGGAAAUUUGAAAUGUUUUUUCAAAGUUAUAAGCAGAACAGUGGACCAGUUACUCUUACCUGAAAUCUAUGAAGAAAUGUAGUCCAGUCCGUCUGGUUCAUUAGUUAUGGUGCAUUAGAUAUGAUACAGUAGGCUACAAGGCUGGUCUUUAGUCUUUAGUAUGAGGACUUGAACUUAGGGCUAUAUUGAGCCAUGGCUUACACAGUGUAAUACGUUAACACAUACAAGUACAUAUGUGGAAUGCUAAUACAUGCCAAGGUGGACUGUUCAGUGAGUAAGUCAAUGAAUUUAUGCCUAUCAUAAAGAAACCUGUGGCCUUUCACAAAGGACUUUAUGACUGUCGUAAGAAAUACGAUCUAAACUAAUUGGCUACAGUGUUUGUAUUUUGUUUCUCUUCUUUUUUCAUUUCUUUGUUAAUGGAUGUGGAAGGUCAGGCGCUAAUAUGAAGAAGUAAAAACCAAAGACUGCUUUGUUUAGCAGCAGUAGUGUUGAUGUGGCAGUCAGUAUUUCUGCUUAAUAUUGUGUUCAUUGUUGUAAAUAUAAAUAGCUUCAUUACUAUGCUAUGAAAUAUUUUAAUUGUCGAUCGUGGUCCGAGCUGCUAUGUUGUAAUUUUAGACGUUCUACUAUAACAAGCUACUUCACAGUAAGAUAUUUAAUGGAAUUUGGUAACGUUAGCUCUUACGGCUAAUUGAGAAUACACUACAAAAUCAAACUCCGCUGGAGGAAAUUAACCUUUGCCUAUUUAAAGUAUUUGAUGUUAACUGAUGUUCUCUUACUAGUGACCGGCCCCUUAUUUCCUUCACACGGUCUUUAUCUCACUAGACUUACUGUAGAUGACUUGAGAUCCGGUCUACUGCCUGACAUACCUUGAGGAAUAUGUAUCAGUGAUAACUUUUUCACCAUAUGCACUUUUUCUCCUUUAUGUUCAUAAAGCUACAGUAAUUUUUGAGAAUGUAUGUACAUGAUGGAAAUUCAAACUGCUUACCUCUGACUAAUACACUGAUUAGAAUGUAUGUUUUUGUCAUUUUAAAUGUGAAUAUUACAACCAUGAUGUUGAACAUUGAAAUAAAGUCUUAAUUUUGAAUAAAAGUACCUUGUAAAAAUGUA